AUGCGUAGUCCUCCACCUGUUUUCCGAGGUAUCUUUUCGCCACUUUACCAAAUUCCCCCUGCUCAUUCAAUCUUCUAUAGCAAAUCCUACAGGCCAUCUUUACUUUCACUUCGUUUUCAGUCAUCUUCUUGUGUUGCCCUGAAAGUUACUGAACUUAACGACCCAUCAACUGAUUCGGCUUUGUCCAAUAUAGAAAACCACCAAAAGUUUCACCUUUGUGAUGGGUUUAAGAAAGUAUCCAGAGAUAUUGAUAGUCUUAGUUGGCCCAACUCGAAGUCGUCAACUCUAAUAGGAGAAAGAGAUUCUAAUAGGAGGCGAUUUGACAAGUUGGGUAAUGGAGGGGUCACAGAAUUUUAUGAAAGAAAGAAGCUCAAGUGGUAUUCGGAAAUGUUGCGAAAUUGUGCCUUGAAAUUGUCCUUGAAUCAGGGUAAAACAAUUCAUGGGCAGAUAAUAAAAAAUGUAAUUCACCCAGACUCCCAUUUGUGGGUUUCCUUGAUUAAUUUAUAUGCGAAGUGUAAAAGUUUAGUUUUUGCUCGCCGGGUGUUGGAUGAGAUGCCUGAGAGAGAUGUUGUGGCAUGGACGGCUUUAAUUGCGGGUUUUGUGGCCGAAGGGUAUGGUAGUGAUGGGGUUAGUUUGUUAUGUGAGAUGAGAAAUGAAGGUCUGAGGCCGAAUGAGUUUACUUUUGCGACAGCUCUGAAAGCUUGUUCUAUAUGUUUGGAUUUAGAGUUUGGGAAACAGGUGCAUGCAGAGGUGGUUAAAGUUGGGGUUUUUUCGGAUACUUAUAUCGGUUCUGCUCUUGUUGACCUUUAUGCAAAAUGUGGUGAAAUGGAAAAUGCGGAUAAGGUUUUCUUUUUCAUGCCUGAACAGAAUGCUGUGUCCUGGAAUGCUUUACUAAAUGGAUAUGCUCAAGUGGGUGACGGAGAAGUGGUUUUGGAACUGUUUUGCCAAAUGACAGAAUUGGAGAUGAAGUUUAGCAGUUUUACUUUGUCGACUGUCCUAAAGGGAUGUGCAAACUCAGGCAAUUUGAGAGCUGGUCAGGCUGUACACACCAUGACAAUAAAGAUUGGCAGUGAACCUGAUGAAUUUGUUAGUUGUAGUCUUGUGGAUAUGUAUUCAAACUGUGGGCUGGCAGAUGAUGCACUCAAAGCAUUUAGGAGGAUAAAAAAUCCUGACAUAGUGGCUUGGAGUGCAAUGGUCAGUUGCCUUGAUCUGCAGGGGAGGAAACAGGAAGCAGUUGAGCUAUUUCACUUGAUGCAGCGUACAGGUUUGACACCUAAUCAAUUUACUUUUUCUAGUCUUGUUAGUGCAGUCAGUGCCUUGGGUAAUCGACAUUAUUGUGAAAGCAUCCAUGCAUGUGUAUACAAGCAUGGUUUUGACUCUGAAAAUCUAGUAAGUAAUGCAUUGAUUACGAUGUAUAUGAAAAUUGGGUCAGUUCAUGAUGGCCACAACGUUUUUAGUGCAAUGAGUAAUAGGGAUGUAGUUUCAUGGAAUGCCCUAUUAUCUGGAUUCCAUGACAUUGAAACUUGUGAUCAAGGGCCCAAGUUCUUUAAACAGAUGCUUAAGGAAAAUUUCAGGCCCAACAUCUACACAUUUAUCAGCAUUCUAAGGUCUUGUUCUUGCCUUUCAAAUUUCACCUUCGGAAAGCAAGUGCAUGGCCUUAUAAUUAAAGUCAACCUUGGUGGUGAUGGUUAUGUCGGAACUGCUCUGAUUGACAUGUAUGCCAAGUGCAGGUGCUUAGAGGAUGUUGAAAUAAUUUUUAACAGGUUAAACGAAAGAGACCUCUUCACUUGGACAACGAUAAUUGCGGGUUAUGCACAGUCUGAUCAGGGGGAGAAGGCUAUUCGGUGUUUCAGUCAGAUGCAAAAAGAAGGUGUUAAACCCAACGAGUUCACUCUUGCCAGCUGUUUGAGAGGUUGCUCUGGGAUAGCUAGCCUUGUAAAUGGGCAACAGCUGCAUGCCUUGGCAAUCAAGGAUGGGCAAUUUGGUGAUAUGUUUGUCACUAGUGCCCUUGUUGAUAUGUAUGGAAAAUGUGGGUUCAUUGAUGAUGCCGAGACUAUAUUUAAUGACAUGGAGUCAUGUGAUACUGUGUUGUGGAACACCAUGAUAUGUGGAUACUCACAACAUGGGCAGGGAGAAAAAGCUCUUGAAGCUUUUAAAAUUAUGUUGGAUGAGGGUGUCUUACCUGAUGCGGUUACUUUUAUUGGUAUUCUGUCUGCUUGCAGCCACUUGGGUUUGAUUGAAGUAGGCAGAAAGCAUUUCGAAUCAAUGAGUAACAUGUAUAAAAUUACUCCUUUGAUUGAGCAUUAUGCUUGCAUGGUUGAUAUUCUUGGUCGGGCAGGCAAAGUUGAUGAAGUCAAAAGCUUCAUUGAACAGAUGAAGUUAACUCCAAAUGCCUUGAUCUGGGAAACUGUUCUUGGGGCUUCUAGGGUCCAUGGAGAUCUGGAACUUGGGGAAAUAGCUGCCAAGAAACUUUUUGAAAUAAAUCCUGAAAAAGACUCAACUUAUGUACUGUUUUCUAAUAUGUUGGCCGUCAAAGCGAAGUGGGAUGAUGUUUCAAAGGUUAGGGGAAUGAUGUCCAGUCGGGGUGUGAAAAAGGAACCUGGGUGUAGCUGGGUCGAGGUUAAUGCUCAAAUCCACACCUUCUUGUCUCAAGAUGCCACACAUCCAAGGAUUUGGGACAUCCAACAGAAGUUGGAAGAGCUGGUCCAGAAACUUACUUCAGUAGGCUAUACUCCAAACACCAAUUAUGUGCUUCAUAAUAUCACUGAUAGAGAAAAAAUCGAGAACCUCCUUUAUCAUAGUGAAAAGUUGGCUUUAGCAUUGGCCCUUAUAAGCAAUGUCCCCGGUAAAGCAGUUAGAAUCUUUAAAAAUCUCCGCAUCUGUGGAGACUGCCAUGAAUUUAUGAGGCUUGUUUCCGGCAUCACGGAUCGGGAAAUAAUUGUUCGUGACAUUAAUCACUUCCAUCACUUCCAGAAUGGCACAUGCUCAUAUCUUCAGGAAUCUGAGGGAUGGUGUACCUGCUGCAAAAGGUCUUCCGCAAUUGGAGAUUCCUCGAAAUUGAAGUGUUUCCAGUAUCACAGUUUCAAGGAGAAUGUUUGCAAUUUGAAGAAGCAGGAAGCUGAUUGUAUCUUCAAAAUUGGUGUUAUAGAAGGAGACAGACUGGAGUUGAACAAGACUCUGGAGGACAAUGCAAUUUGGAAUGCAAAUCCAUUGACUGGCUUGUCAAGUGCUUCUGCAUACAAAGCGGAACUUUGCAAGGGACUCAGAAAAAGAGGGGAGCGCUCUAGGAAUAUGCAACAUACGGAGGAGUGGUUCAACGAGGAAUAG